GUUUUUCUCGACAUGCACGAACAUCUGAAAGAUGGAGCGCGAGAGGCAUUCCGACGAGCGAUGUCUGACAUGCCCGGACGAAAGACCAUGGUAGUCGACGCAUCUGUGCGCGUUCUCCUUGACGUGCUCUCCCGUGGAGGAGGCGGCAAAGCUUUCUUUGACAACCUUGGCGUCACUCAGAUCUUGGUGCUGGACCCGCACCUCACAGUGCACACGUUUGAGUCGUCGCAGGUCGUAUUUCUCGUCCGUCCAGAGCCCAUCCACGUUAAACACAUGGCGGACAAUGUGUUGGCAUCUAGCAAACGACAUACGUUUAUGGUCGCGUGGCUACCCCAAUGCAAUGGCGUGUGCGCGUUGGAAAUGGAGCGACAAGGGAUCGCCGGAACCGUGCGCGAAGUGGACAUCCCGCUCUUCUUGGUGCCAUGCGACGAUCUCGUGUGGAGCAUGUGCUGGUAAGACGCUGUUCGAAGAUGAAAGUGUGUAUGUAUACUUUAACGCGAGUAGGGAAGGAGCCUUCAUCGACCUGUUUGUGUUUGGCGACUCCAGUGUCGUCACGCAGGUCGUUCGAAGUCUUCUCCAUCUGGAACAACUCGGUGGAUUGCAGCUAACCCAACGGCUGUUUGCGUAUGGAGCUGCCGCGCACCAGGCCAAGAGCGUUCUCGACCGUGUCCGUGGCCUAUCGCCGAUCACUUCCACUGCCAUGCUGUUUGACCAGUGCCUUCUCAUGGACCGACAGGAAGACCCGAUCUCGAUGCUGGUCACGCCAUUGCAUUACGAAGGCUUACUGGACACUGUCAUUGGCCUCGACCACGGCGCCGUGUCCAUCGCCCACGACGACGGUGGAAACAAGAAGAAGAAGAAGCAUGUGCUGCAAGAUGACUUGUUCAAGUACAUCCGUGAUAUGGACUUUCAGGUGGUCACGUCCAUUUUACAUGACAUGUCGACAUCGCUUCAAGCGGACGUGGCGUCCACUCGGGCGACGGAGACACCCGCCGUGCUCACCCAGCGAUCGGCCCUCGCCGCGGCCAAAGUGAACCUGUCGUUGCAUGUGAACCUAGCGCAUCGCAUCUCCCGAACGAGGACGGAUGGUGAUGCCGCGGUCGAAGAAGGCGGCUCCGACGACGACGUUGACGGCGUCCGGCGCUGUGUGCACGCCGAACAAACCAUCCUCGAAAGGCGAGUUGCCGCAGCGCCGUUGCCCAGCAAUGUUGUGACCAAGGCGAGCACUGAGGCGGCGUUCGUGGGCUCGGUUCUCGAGGAAGAGCUCUUCCAUGACCCGCCACUCGACUUGGCCAAGCUGGUCAAGCUCAUGUGUUUGCAUUGUUUGGUGCAGGGCGGGUACAAAGACUCGACGUUCGAGUGGCUGCAGACGCAACUGUGUCACACAUACGGCCACCCGGUGAUGUUGCCGUUACUGGCGCACCUGAGGCACUUGAACUGGCUGUUCCCAACGUCAGCUGCAACGACGCCCUCGCCAUCCUCUUCGACGUGGAAGAAGAAGCUGCGAAAGGACGUUGCCGCGAAGACCACGACUGGAGACAUUACAUCCAUGUUUUCUACGACGGGGUACGCCCCCAUCAGCGUUCGCCAUGUCCAAGAUGCCGUCAAGCGCAGGAACGGUAACAGUCCCAUGUCGUCGACGUCGUCGCCGCCACAGAACACGGCAACCAACAAGCAGCGCGUGUUGGUGUAUUACAUUGGAGGCAUCACGGUCGCGGAAGUGGCCGCGUAUCGAUUAUUGAAUCAAGCGCAAGACCAGGUCGAAUAUGUCGUGGCAUGCACAGCCAUAUGCAACACGGCGCGACUGCUGCGCCACCUAGCCAGCCUACAAACCUAGCGAGUCGUAGUAGUACUAACAUUCGGCUUGUGUUACCGGCCGCCACCCCAAUCGCUAGCUACCGGUACAUGGUCAUAACAGUUGCGAAUCAAAUGGGCGAUAUGUGUUGACCAAUACUAUUGGAAUUAGGCAAAUCAAAUAAUUGUUUCGUAAUAUUGUGGAUUAUUCG